AUCCGCCCAUAUCAUAAAAAAACAGUAUUAAAUUCAUAAUUUAAUAUUUUUUAUUCUUGUAUUCCGAUUAUACCCUUGUUAGUAUGGUGCUAACCUCCUAUUAAGUUAGCACCCUAACUUCUCCCGAUAGAUGAUCAUACUUGACCUUUUCAGUGUAGUAGGUAUCAAAAGAGUUCGACCAUCAGAGGGCAAGCGUUACACAACCUGUGUUUUAAUGAGUAUGACCUAGACAUUACCAGACAGAUAAUCUAAGGAAAAACAACAUAACUUCUGGAGAAAGAAGAGCUCUAGUUUGACUGUAAUUUUGGUUCUCUAUUCUCUAUAAACUAACACCAGACGAUACACUGUACAGAAGUUCUUCCAACCCAUUCUUCCCCCAGCUAGCAAUAGAACAAACACUACUUACAUACCGCAGUCUCUUUUUUACAUCAGCCUACCAGCAUGCAUCACCUGGGAGCAAUGGUGGGUACAACUCCACUCACGAGAUUGCUGCCCGACACAUCUGAUGACACAUACGGAUUUUUCAGCGACGAGGAAGCAGAGGAAGUUGUGCUGGCAGCUCCCCUUUUUGGAUCUGUACUAUCUGUAUCUGUAGUAGACAUCAACUCUGAAGUUUUGGUCUCAGAUUCAGGCAGCAAAGACCACAUGCUCUCCAGUUCUCUUACCACGUCAGCCAUUGACGGCCUCGAAUCUGUCUCGUCUUGGCAGCACUUUAGUGCCAAUGUCAAAAACUUCUCCACACUGUCCGAAGGGUAUGAUCCCAUUUUCCCAUCAAUUACUGAGAAUAUCAUACCGGACUGGUAUGCGAUGUUAACCUGAUAUGAACACAAUCAAACAUGUUGGCUCAAUUUUUCUAGUUGGCAAAAAUAUAUAUGCAGUAUGCUAUAGAGGCCGCCAAAUGGGUUGGGAUUUGGGAUUAAAUGAGUUCUUCGGUUUAUGGUUUGGGCUUAAAUGGAUUCUUGGGUUCUGGGAUACAAACACUCCCUUGAAUUUAGAGGUGAUCUGGAGGAUAUCUCGAUCAUCAGUCCAGGUCUACGAACUGUUGGGUAAAGCUUAGAAGUUAGGGUAUUAAAUUGUAGAUGAUAGAGGCAGAUUAGUUUGUUAAUAGCGAGAACCAUGAAACCAUACCAAAGACAAGACCUGUAGCAGUAACAAUUCAGUAGUAAUAGCAGGAUAUUAACAAAAUAGUCACGAAACUGUUACAAUAUCGCAAUAAACAUACCAACUUGGU